UGGCGGUGGCCAUGUUUGCAUUACCAGCUGUCUAGAUGCGGGCUAGCUAACCGGUUAGCCGACUGAGGUAUUUUUUUGCCUCUUUAUUCGGGAUAAAACUCUACCCUCGUUAACACCGACUUGUCUGGAAGUCGCGAUGCCAGUUCACUCCCGGGAGAAGAAAGAAAGUAACCACGAAGAAAUGGAGGUGGAUUUUCCCGAGCAAGACGGCAGCAGCACAGACGAGGAGGACACGGUUAGCUCGUCCGUGUCUGAAGAUGGAGACAGCUCGGAGAUGGAUGAUGAGGACUGUGAGAGGAGGAGGAUGGAGUGCCUGGAUGAGAUGACCACCCUGGAGAAACAGUUCACUGACUUGAAGGAGCAGUUGUACAAGGAGCGCCUGAGCCAGGUGGACAUCAAGCUGCAGGAGGUAAUGGCUGGCUGUGCCCAGGAGUACCUGGAACCUUUAGCCAACCUGCAGGAGAACAUGCAGAUCAGGACCAAAGUUGCUGGGAUCUACAGGGAGCUGUGCUUGGAGUCAGUGAAGAACAAGUACGAGUGUGAGAUCCAGGCUGCCUGCCAACACUGGGAGAGUGAGAAGUUGCUGCUGUUUGACACUGUGCAGAGUGAACUGGAGGAGAAGAUAAGAAGAUUGGAGGAAGACAGACACAGUAUUGACAUUACCUCAGAGUUGUGGAAUGAUGGAUUGCAGUCACGGAAAAACAAGAAAAAAGACCCAUUCUGCCCCGUCAAGAAGAAGAAGCCUGUUGUUGUUUCUGGGCCUUACAUCGUUUACAUGCUGCAAGAUCUUGAUAUUCUGGAAGACUGGACCGCAAUAAGAAAGGCGAUGGCAUCACUGGGGCCACACAGGGUGAAGGUGUACGUCCCUGCAGUCAAACCUGACAGACAUCACCAUGUGGUGCGCUUCGAGGACGGUCGACUGUUCUAUGACAACCAGUGGUACUGCAGGGGACAGGCCAUCUGUAUCAACAGGAAGGACGAGUACCCAACUAGUGCCAUCAUCACCACCAUGAACAACGACGAGGUGUGGUUCAAACGACUGGACGGCACCAAGUCAAAGCUGUACAUCUCCCAGCUGCAGAAAGGCAAAUACACUAUCAAGCACUCGUAAAAGAAAAACGAAAAAAACACACACACACUUUUAAGAACCUACAUACAGACGGACAGAUCAUCAUCUCUGUGUUUCUUUUUGUCUCCUUUCCGUGUGGUAUCUUUCUACAUUCUUGCCAUAUGUACAGUCACACACCCAAAACACACACCUCACUUCCUCCCCUCUAUGUAUAAGUAACAGAAAACAAACAAAUAUCAACUGACGAUCUUCCCUGUAAAUAUGUAUGUAUGUGGAUAUUAUUGACAAGGUCACUAAGUGUCAUUUUCUCUGGAAUGGAGAUCAAUGCAAAGUGCUGCUAGAAAGAAGAAAAAAAAAUGGGCGAGGAACCGGAGCAGUAGCGAAGUUUGAACCGCGGAGCUCAGUCGCGUGCCUUUCUAAGACAAGACGAUGCCCGUCCUGAACUAUCAAUGUCAAUGCAGUGAAGCCUUACUCUGCACUGUGUUCGCACCAAGAGGACUGAAGCGGGCCGAUGGCCGAGUGAGUGAGAAACCCUGAAUCCAGGUGAGGACGCCGUCAGCAGUGUGUUUGAUUUGCCUGUCGGAACCCACCGGUUAGACUUGAAUUUCAUGCUCCAUAGCGCCUAAUAAAUCUGUAUUCGGAUCCCCUGGGACCCCAGUUUGAGCAACUGUUUCAUUUAGUUAAAAAAAAAAAAUGUCAAUGUCAAUAUGAAGAUGGAGAAGGAUUAAUCAAUUUUGAGGAAAUGAUUAUAUUGUGAACAUAAUGAGAUGAAACUGUUCUUUAAGAUCAGCCCGGAGUAUUGUCGAAACCCACUUGGGGAGUCACUGUAUUAAAUGAUCUUUUGAUGUUUUAGUGCAAUUUUUCACAGCACUAUAUUUUUUAAGUUCAACCCAAGGCCAGCCCCAUGCACUAAGAGAAAUAUAAAAGCCUCAAACUGUAUUUUAAGAAUACAGUAACAGGAGGUGCCCUCUAUAUAGAGAUGACUGUGUGUUUUGUCUUUACUUCACUGUGAUUCUUUGCUCUGUCUUUUUACCAUGUUGUUGCCAUGCGUCUCAUAGUGCCUACUGUUAGAACUAAACAUUGAAGGCAGGAUUCGGGCUAAAGUUGCUCUACUCCACAGGUGUGGACUGCAUCUUUGUCCGUGGCGGUGGGCUCAUAACAUCCUCUAUUUGUAACUCAUAGUGCCAUUUUUAUGUUUGUUUUUUAUCUUUAUUCAGCACAUUUUGUGUGUACUUUGAUUAAAAUAGCUGAAAGGAUUGGUUAAGUCCUGCAUUGUUAAUGUUACACCUGCAAAACCAAAAGUAUCUCCCAUUUUCCGUCCUCUCUUCUUGUCUGUGUUCCUCCCUCUUAAUUGUCACUUCUCUUCCCCCAUUGUCUUCCUCCUUGCUGUUGGUAAAGGUGAUCCUAAAAAGUACAACGAGAAAGCAACAUUAAGGGAUUUUUCGGUGUGUGUACAAUCCGUCCAAUCGAACCUUCUCCGUAUGUGUAAUUUAUGCUUGAUUCAUUGAAGGGGAUCUUGCUUUAUGUUGUAUUACCGUUGCUUUAUAUUUUCAGCAUUUCAAAAUAUUACCUGCUAACAGUAUGGUAAAAGAGGUGCUUGCAACAUUAUAUCAUAAACAUAAAGUGUCUGUGAAGCCAAAUGUGGCAUCCACUGAGAAGAACUUUUGAUAAGUUUGUUUCUGCUUUUGUUUUUACCUUUUUAUGCAUUAUGGUUCCCUUUUCCACAUUUGAGAUAAAAAAAGAAAAAACGUGACAUUGUGCCGAUGCAUGUACAGCUGAUUAAAGAUUUUCUUUGUGUCAUUUGAA